CAUGGCGGAUCUGUCGGGUUUGUGGGAAAGCUCUUUGGAGAGUUAACGUUACUUUUAUUCAGUUCUGCGGUUGAAAGGAGUUUAAAUAAGGAUCGGGAAGAGGUGGGGGAAAAUACCCUAAGUGGGUAGACAUGUGUGGCUUAGGGAGGCUUAGGGGAAAAAGCGAAAUGUAGGACUUUUGAGAGCCGGAAAAAGAAAUGCUAUGCUGUUUCUUAUUGCAGUCAACAGCCUUGGGCAACAAAUAUGGCUACUUGAGUCUCUUUGAAUUUGUGAUGAAAAGCUGCUACAAAAGCAAGCGUUCUUCAGCACGACAGCUGCGUCGUUCGCCAAGUCAGUGACUGUUAGCUCCUUGCGCGUUUACUGAGGUGGGGUUUUGAGUCUCUCUUUUUUUAACUACAAAAAAGCUGGGCGGUGAAGGUGCCGAGAGAAGAAGAGAUGGAAGCAAAACAUAAAGAGUUGUUAGAUCAGUACCACCAGAACUUGAUGGAUUCCAUAACGGACGCGGACGGGCUAAUCGAGCUGCUGGACAAAGCGGGCACUCUGGGCCAGCUGGAGAGGUUCGAACUACAAAACAACUGCGCGACGAGCGCCGAGAAGAUCGACCUCCUGCUGAAGAUGCUUGUGAAUAAGGAGAGGGACCAUUUUGCAGACCUGUGCGAGGCGCUAGAAAAGACGCAUCCCCACCUGUACUCUGCCCUGUUCGUGAACUUCGUGGGACCCGCCGAUAACUCAUCUGGAUCAACCUACAGUGUCUUAUCCACGAUGCCUUCAGAUUCAGAAAGUAGUAGUUCCCUUAGCAGCAUAGGCACAAAUGGAAAAGCUUCUUCUCCUCCUCCUGUGUUGAUUGAUACUAGACAAAUGAGUGAAAAGUUAGAAACUAUCUUGUUCCAAUUGCGUCAGGUUACACGUGAGAGGGAUGAUUUGAGAAAAAAGUUAGCACUUUCAUCUCCUGGCACUACUUUUGACGACUGCAGGCCUAGUUCCAAGCCAAGUCAUGACUAUGAAAGACUCAAAACGCAGUGCAUGAAAGCCAUGGCUGACUUGCAGUCUCUACAGAACCAGCACACUAAGACACUAAAGCGAUGUGAGGAAGCUGUCAAAGAGGCAGAUUUUUAUCAUACAUUACAUAGCCGCCUCUUGAGUGAUCAGUCUACACUUAAGGAGGAGAUGGACUCAUUAAAGAGGGAGAGCUCUCAGUUAGUUAGAGAGCACAAUCACCUAAAGCAGACCUGUGAAGAACUAAAGAGAAUUCAUGAAGAAGACCAGAAGGAGAUCUCUGAUAUGCGUGUCCAGCAACAGCAGGUAAUGAGGGAAAAUGGCUCGUCAGAAAUACUGAACAAGCUGUAUGACACUGCCAUGGAUAAACUGGAGAGUUUAAAAAAGGAUUAUGAUGCACUACGAAAACGCUACAAUGAAAAGAUAGCUAACCACAACACAGACUUGAGCCGAUUGGAGCAGGUUGAAGACGAAAAUAGAAGACUUCAGGGCCAGAUCGACAUGUUAAUGAAGCAGAGAGACACAGCAAUACACUACCAACAGCAGUAUUCCACAUCUUUAAGGAGGUUUGAUUCUAUACAACAGGAAUUAAAUAAAACCACAGCCCAAAAUAAGGAACUUCAAAGGGAAAUGGAACGUUUGCAGUCAGAGGUAACACGGUACAAAACCCUUCAGCUUAAAGCAGUGAAGGACUGUGAGAAAUACAAAGAAGAACGUGAUUCAGUGUUCAGUGAAUACCGUCUUAUUAUGAGUGAAAGAGACCAGGUCAUUAAAGAAGUGGACAGAUUACAAACAGAGAUAGAGGAGGCUGAAGCCAAGUUAAAAAACACAUCUUGUGAAAGAAAAGUAGCCAGUGAGGAAAUGGAAGCUCUGCGACAGGAACUCAAUUCUGCUUUAGUGGAGAGAGAUCGAGCAGUUUGUGAAAGGAAUGAAUUACUGGAAAAAUACUGCCAUGAAGUCAAAGAUAAAGCUGAAGCCCAGAAAGAACUUGAUCAAGCAUGCAAAGACAUUGAAACUGUGAAAGAGGAGCGGGAUGUUGCUAGAAAAGAACGAACAGAAGCCAUUAUCCAAAGAGACCAGUUGCUGAGGGAGUAUUAUCAGGCGAGACAGAAACAAGAUUCUGCAACUAUGGACAUGGAGAGAGCUAAUAAAGAAAUAGAGGUGCUUAGAAAACAAUAUGAAGCGAUGUCCCAGGAACUGAAAGAGGCUAUUCAAGAAGCAGAAGUAGCAAAGUGCAGGCGGGAUUGGGCAUUCCAAGAACGAGACAAGAUUGUGGCUGAAAGAGAGAGUAUACGCACUCUGUGUGAUAACCUGCGGAGGGAACGUGACAGAGCUGUAAGUGACUUGGCAGAAGCUCUUCGGAAUUUGGAUGACAUGCGAAAACAAAAAAAUGAUGCUGUGAGAGAGCUGAAAGAACUAAAAGAGAAGAUGGAAAACCAGUUAGAAAAAGAAGCCAGGUUUCGACAGUUGUUAGCUCACAACUCUCAUGAUUCAGCAAUAGAUACAGAUUCACUUGAAUGGGAGACAGAGGUAGUUGAGUUUGAAAAAGAUAGGGAAGACAUGGACUUGAAGGCUCUUGGUUUUGAUGUAGCAGAAGGGGUGAAUGAUCCUUAUUUGCCAGGAGAUUGUGGAAUAUUUGUUACUAAAGUGGAUAAAGGAAGUAUAGCUGAUGGAAGGUUGAGGGUGAAUGAUUGGUUACUGAAAAUAAAUGAUGUGGAUCUUGCUAACAAGGACAGGAAACAAGUGAUUAAGGCAGUGGUUACUGGAGGUGGUGUGAUCAAUAUGGUUGUUCGCAGAAGAAAGUCUUUAGGAGGAAGAAUUGUGACUCCUGUACACAUCAACCUUGUUGGACACAAAGAGAGUGGAGUGUGUUUGGAAGUUGGUGUAUUUGUGGCUGCUAUUGUGUCUGGCAGUCCAGCUGCUAGGGAAGGCUCCCUGAAUAUGGGAGAUCGGAUUAUUGCUAUUAAUGGAAUUGCACUAGAUAACAAAUCUCUGAGUGAAUGUGAAGCUUUGCUCCGGAACUGCAGGGAUUCACUAAGUCUUUCAACCAUGAAGUUUUUCCCACAGAGCUCUUCAGGACAAAACAUAUUUGAAGGUUUGCGGGACUCCAAUUGUAGGAUUCACUCUUCAGAGUUGCAUAUGAGAAAUAAUAAAAACUUGAAACACAACAGCUCAACCCAAACAGACAUUUUCAACCCAGAUAUUAUAGAUGGGAAGAAAGAUCGAAGUGAUUCAGAAGAAACGUCCUUUUGUAGUCACAAGAUAUUUUCAUCUGCCUCCUUGCAUUCUAGCUUUCAUAGAUCAAUCGAUCAUACUUUUCCUGGCAGUGUGGAGCAUAGCCCAGGAGCUUUUAGUACAGAUGUUUUCUCAAAUCCAGAUUAUGGAAUACUGGAACCUGAGAAACGGCAGUUUACUUUUGAUCCAACUGAUGAUGAUUGUUUUAUGACAGACAGAGCACCUGAAAAAUCUCAUGGACCUAAGCAUAGUGGAGGUACUUGGCCAAAAAUGGUAGUUGACCAUUCUACAGAGGUGUCACAGUUUUCCAUUUUUAAGACUACAAAACAGAGAAAGUCAAUUAUUGAAGCAAAAACAUUUAAAAUGCCAGAACCUCAAUUCAAAAUGGACUAUUUAUCGCCAACUCAAUUGACUUUGCAUUCUCCUCAGGCUUCAAAAGUAGAGAUAGUAUCUACUCCACCUACUCCACCUACAAGAAGUGAUUCUUUCAAGUUUAAGCACAAACAACAAGCUAGUUCAGCCUCUGACUCUACAAUAACUACAGGAACUCCCCCCACAAGUCCUAACCAGUCUCCUGCCAAUGUUGGAAAGAAGCCAGAAUCUUCGCAUGGAGGUUGUGAUAGAAAUGGCAACCAUUACUUUUUAGAAGGAAGCUUUGAUUGUAGUGUCCUUUCUUCAAGAAAGUCUAGUGAUGAAGCAGUUUUUCAUUUGAGACCUGAAGAGCCAGAGGUCAAAAGACCACGACCAAAAUCUGCCCCUGCUUUGAGACAUAAACUUACUCCUGUUCCAGUUCCAACCCUUCAGGUUCCAGGUUACACACCUGAAGAGCGCCAGUCUCCAGAUCCACAUGAGUGGGUUCGCUACUCUCCAAAACGUUCUCACAGACACAGUGUGGGUUUUGUUUCAUCAGCUUUCCCUGUUGUAGUUUCAACAACUUCACCUCAGUGUUUGGCACCAUGUCCUGCAGUUACUGCUGUCAUGAGAAAUCCAAUUUACACUGCUUGGAGCCACCGGGUUGCCAAUGUUAAUUGUCCUUCAGUCGCCAGUCAGAUCUGUCAACAACAUUCACAUCCCAGUUCAAGACACCAGGGUCGUCUGAGUUUAGACCUUAGUCACAAAUGCUCCAGUGAUUUUUCUGAAUCACCCAGAAGUAAAACACCUCAUGGAACCAAUUCUCUACCAUCUAGUGCCAGGCUUGGGCCGUCAAGUAAUUUACAUUGUAGAAAUGAAAGGAUUAAAAUCCCAUCAACACCACGCUACCCAAGAUUAAUGCCCGGUCCUGACAGAGGAUCACAUUCCCGUUCAGAAUGUAGCAGCCCUAGUCUAAUAACUCCACCACAGUCACCACUAAAUCUGGAAACAUCCUCCUUCACUAGCAGCCAAUCGCAAAGUUCAAUCUCUACUCAGCCAAGAGUAUCUAUCAGUCCUGUACCAAAGGGAGAGAGGAGAAAAGACAGAUAUCUGUUCCGUAAUAGAUCCUUUCUGAGAAUCCCUCUUGCUCCUAGGCCUAGAUUCUCAUCACUAAGAAGCCUGAGACCUUACUUAGAAGAGCCACGUAAUGUGAUUGUACACAAAGGAGCAGAACCUCUGGGGAUCUCUAUCGUGAGUGGAGAGAAUGGUGGCAUUUUUGUGUCAAAAGUCACUGGUGGAAGCAUUGCGCAUCAUGCUGGCCUCGACUAUGGUGAUCAACUUCUAGAGUACAAUGGAAUAAACCUGAGAAAUGCAACAGAACAACAAGCUCGACUGAUAAUUGGACAACAGUGUGAUACCAUAACAAUCCUGGCACAGUACAACCCACACAUGUAUCAGCUGGGCAACCAUUCACGAUCAAGCUCUCGGUUGCAGCAAGUCAGCAAUCAUUCAACUCCUCAAGGCAGUGGAGCAACUACUCCCGACAAUCAUUCUCUUAUUGAUACACUAAGUGAACAAGAUGAAGGGACAAUGACUCCUCCUUCCAAGCAAACAACUCCCACUACCAGCCCUCGUAUUUCAGUUAGGAUAUCAUCUGAUCCCUCCAAAAAAAUUCCAGAUCCAAGAACUGUUGUUGUCAAUAAACUGCAAGUUGAGCCAGGUAUUCAAAUCUGUGGUGGAAAUCUAUAUGGCAUAUUUGUUGAAAAAGUAGAAGAUGAUAGUAUCCCAAAGGGUCCAGAUGGGCUUAUGACUGGGGACAUCAUUUUAGAGUAUAGUUCAGUUUAUAUGAAAAAUAAAACUGCUGAAGAGGCAUACCUUGAACUUUUAAAGCCUGCAGAAUCAGUCGUCAUGAAGGUUCAAUACCGAAUCGAUGAUUUCACUAAAAUCAAGGAUUUACCUGGUGAUGGCUUCUAUAUAAGAGCACUUUAUGACAGAGUAGCAGAAGUAGAACAAGAUUUGAGUUUCAAGAAGGACGACAUACUCUAUGUUGAUGAUACUUUGCCUAAUGGGAAUUUUGGAUUUUGGAUGGCUUGGCAACUUGAUGAAAAUGCUCAAAAACUUGAACGUGGACAAAUCCCCAGCAAAUACAUGAUGGAUCAGGAGUUUUACAGGAGACAUAGCAUGUCAGAAGUUAAAGAUGAAAAUGGCACAAGUAAAACUUUAUCAGCAGCUGCACGGAGAUCAUUUUUUAGAAGAAAACAUAAACAUAAGCGCAGCGGUUCCAAAGAUGGAAAAGACCUGUUGGCUCUUGAUACCACAAGCACCGAUUCAAUACCACUAUUGGAAGACUCUGUAAGUCUAGCUUACCAGAGAGUUCAGAAGAUUGAAUGUACAUCUCCAAGACCAGUGCUCAUUUUGGGACCUUUGGUUGAUGCUGUUAAGGAUAUGUUGGUGAAAGAGUCUCCAGGGAAAUUUUGUAGAUGCCCACCUGAAGUGAUGAAAGCCUCACUGCAAGCAAUAGAGCGUGGAGUUAAAGAUUGCCUGUUCAUUGAUUACAAAAGGCGAAGUGGACAUUUUGAUGUGACAACUGUGGCUUCUAUAAAAGAAAUGACAGAAAAAGAUUGUCAUUGUUUGCUUGACAUCGCACCUCACGCCAUUGAAAGACUUCACAAUGUUCAUAUUUACCCAAUUGUCAUUUUCAUUCGCUACAAAAAUGCAAAGCAAAUAAAAGAACAGAAGGAUCCAAUUUUCCUUAGGGACAAAGUGUCUCAAAAACAUUCCAAGGAGCAGUUUGAAGUUGCACAGAAGACUGAACAAGAAUACAGCAAGUUCUUUACAGGUAUCGUUCAAGGAGGUAGCUUAUCUUACAUAUGCACUCAGAUUAUGACAAUAGUUGACCAAGAGCAAAACAAAGUCCUGUGGAUUCCAGCUGGAUCACUAUAAAUGCUUGAAGCCCAGCUAACCAAGCCUGCAACGUCACUUCUCUAUGUAGGAUAUACAAUCAAAUAAAUGUAACUCAUAUUCAAGAACACUAAGUGAAGGGGUACAUUACACUGAACAGUAUAAAUUAAUGUUUUUACUGCGUGCGUCAUCAUCAUCUUGGAUGUGAUUAUAUGCUAAACCUCAAGUGAAUUAAUUCUCAGUGAUAAACAAAUUGGUACAGCACUGAUUUAAGUAUUUUUGUUAAUUCAUUUCCAUGAACAGAUCAGUGAUGCUGCAGUUAAUAGGUUUACAAAAAUAUUUUCUGACUAUUCAGAUUUUUAUGUUUACUUGAAUGUUUGUGUUACCCAUGCAUCCCUCUUCCCUUUUAAAACAUUGUUUUCUUAUAUCUGCUGUUCCCUUGUUUUUGAGACAACCCUCCUGUUAGAGGAGAAUAUGCAUGUGAAUGAACAGUUUACUGGCCAUAUUGAAGUGCCUUGUAAUUUUAGAAAUAUUUUGGGGAAAAAGAAAAGGUUUAUUAUAAGCAUGACAGGGUGAUCAUGUGGCUAGAUUAAUUUUAAUGUAAAGCUGACUGCACUCCUGUACAGGGCAGACCACUGUGUGUUUUGUAAACUUUAAUCUGUCAUAUUCUUUCCUUUAAAGAUAUAAUAUUUAAACAGCAAAAUAUAUCUGAAAAUAAAGCUGCAUAAUUAAUAACUAAUCACUAGGUUUUGGAACCUAGUAUAGUGUAGCAGUGGGUAAUGAGCUCUAACAUGGGUAUGGCAUGCUUACCCCCUAUAACCCCAACACAUCUUUUUUUGUUUUUUAAUGUCACUUUUAAAGUAGUGUAUUUGUUUAAAAAUGUCAUUAUGGUACAGUUCUGCAGGGUUAAUUGCAUAUUUUGUUUGUUACUUAUAUAUUGAUGUCAUGGUUGUUUUGUUUUUUUUUCGUAUUUAAUGUCAGUUGCAUACACAUUUACAUAGUAAAACACACUAAUAGAAAUGUAUGACCACUAUUAGAGAACUGGUCAUAAUAGCUGCAUACAGAAAAUCCCAGUGCAAUGCUUUCAUAAAACAUUGUGCCAAAGUGUAAUACAUUAGUUCAUUUGGUUUUGUGUUGCACUCAUAGUUGAUGAAAGUCUAUCUACUUUUUAACACAGAAUUGUAUUUUGUUCGUUUUUAAAGUAUAUGUCAUAUUUUAGGUACUGUUAUUCUGUAUGAACUGUUGUUUCACAGUGAUUGUUCUUAACAUUUCAGUCAUUGCUUGGCAUGAAUUUGCCUUUAAUUCUUACCUUUAUUGAAGAAAGUAGAUGUCUGUUUAUUUGCAUUCUUCAAAAAGGGAUGUUGUCUUGCACAUAUUUUGAUUUUUUCUUAUAGGGUAUAUAUAUAUAUAUAUAUAUAUAUAUAUAUAUAUAUAUAUAUAUAUAUAUAUAUAUAUAAUUUUUUUUUUUUUAAUUUGUUCAAAGUAAGUGUACACUAUUUAGGUUGGUAGCCUAAGAUUUUUCCAUGUAAAGGAUUGCAUUAUUUUGGAUGAAGCAGUUCAAACAGACAGGUACUGUUCUGAUAGGGAUUUGCAUUAUGAAAAUAUUUGUAUCAAAUGUUAAACUGAUUAAUAUGAGAAUAAAACUCAAUGUUUUUCUGUAA